AGAAGAAAACGUUUCAACCCGGAAUUUUUAUACCAGUGCACUUUUUGCGCUGUGGUGUGUUUUAUGUUUUGUAUCGGUGGAGUUUGUUCAGCGGUGGAUUAAUAAGCGUUUAUGCGUCCUCAAUACUAUUAAGUUGUGCAGCGGGUUAUUCAUCUGACUUGACAUGUCGCAGGACAGUCAGCAUGGCAAAUGGACUAUCUCCAGCAGUGAUGAUGAGGAUCUUCCUCCUUCCGGUACAACAGCAUCUAACUGCAACCAACUUUCUAAAUCUACUGAAAACUCUCGUCAGUCUUCCUCUCCAGUCAGCCUUAGGCUGGACACACAAGCAGCUGAUGUAGAGGUGAAGCCAGAACCAGCUAACCCCCCAGUGUCCUCACUAGUCACUGUCUCAGAGGCCAGACAGUCAGCUGCAAAGAACCAGUUAAAUCCAGUGAAAUAUGAAACCAAGGCAUCAUUGGCUGGAAAGCGUAAAAAAGAGGUGUCAGACGGUUCAGGUUGGGCUCUGUCUGAUAGCGAUGACGAUCAUGCUGGAGAUGUAAAGGAGCAGGCUCCCACUAACCUACCGAAGAAAAAACCUCCAAGCCCUAAAAGAAAACAAAUCAAGGUGGAGAACGAACGCCCUCCAAGUCCCCAUGGCCGACUCUAUUAUAUUGAUGAGCCAGACGACUUCUUUGAGUCAAGUAUUCCUUGUCUUAAUGACACCUACAGGUUUUACCUCAACAAAGUGACAGGUCUGGACAAGAAGUACAACAGUGGAGCUCUGCACAUCAAAGACAUUCUUUCCCCAUUAUUUGGGACACUGAAAGAAUCAGUUCAGUUUAACUACUGCUUUGACAUUGCUUGGAUGGUUAAUCAGUACCCACCAGAGUUCAGGGACCGUCCAGUUUUGAUUGUCCACGGAGAUAAGAGGGAGGCCAAGGCUCGACUGCUUCAGCAGGCUCAGCCCUUCCAACAUGUUCGAUUCUGCCAGGCCAAGCUGGACAUUGCCUUUGGAACUCACCACACGAAGAUGAUGCUGCUGUGGUAUGAGGAAGGUUUCAGAGUCAUCAUUCUGACCUCUAACCUCAUCAGAGCUGACUGGUACCAGAAAUCACAAGGGAUGUGGAUGAGCCCUCUGUUUCCACGGUUACCUAAAGGCAGCAGCGUAAGUGAAGGUGAGUCACCCACCUUCUUCAAGAGGGACCUUCUGGAUUACCUGGGGUCGUACCGUGCACCAGAACUCGAAGAGUGGAUCCAACGAAUUAAAGAGCAUGACCUGUCAGAGACCAGGGUGUAUUUGGUGGGCUCAAGCCCGGGCAGGUAUGUUGGUUCUGAUAUGGAGCGCUGGGGCCAUCUGAGGCUGAGGAAGUUGUUGCAUGACCAUACAGAACCUAUCUCUGGUGAAGAAAGGUGGCCUGUGAUUGGUCAGUUCUCGAGCAUCGGCUCCAUGGGAGUGGAUAAGACCAAAUGGUUGGCUGGGGAAUUCCAGCGCACUCUGACAACACUGGGAAAAUCGUCUCUAAGGCCAGACCCUCCCAUGCAUUUGGUGUAUCCAUCAGUAGAAGAUGUGAGGACUAGUUUAGAAGGCUAUCCAGCGGGAGGCUCUCUUCCCUACAGUAUCCAGACUGCCCAGAAACAGCUCUGGCUUCACUCCUUCUUCCACCAUUGGAAGGCAGAUUCUACAGGCAGAAGCCACGCCAUGCCACACAUUAAGACGUACAUGAGGGCGUCACCAGAUUUCACUCAGCUUGCCUGGUUUCUAGUCACUAGUGCCAACCUGUCAAAGGCAGCGUGGGGAGCACUGGAGAAGAAUAACACCCAGGUGAUGGUUCGCUCGUAUGAGCUGGGAGUCCUCUAUGUGCCUUCUGCCUUUAAUAUGGCGACAUUCCCUGUUCACAAAAAUCCCUUUCCUGCCUCCUCAUCCUCCUCUGGUUUCCCAGUGCCCUUUGACCUCCCUCCUGUGUGUUACUCCUCUACAGAUCAGCCCUGGAUCUGGAACAUACCAUACAGCCAGGCUCCUGACAGACAUGGGAACAUCUGGGUUCCGUCUUAAACUCAUACAGUACAUACCCUUACCUCAACACUGCUGUGUCUAGUAUUAGUUUACUUUAUAUGCGUUAGUCUUUAACAGGAUUUGUUUUAUAUUUUAUACUGUGUUGUAGACUCAAGUUUUCUACAUAAAAAUAAAAUGUAUUGUCAUUUUCAA